CUGUUACAAAAAAUGGUAAAUGGAUCUUGUGAUGAAUUGAAUAAUAAAGAAGAUUCACCGAUAAUCGUCGAAAGUUCCGUAGAAGCAUUUCCUGUUUCCGUACAGUACCCAAAUCUCUGCUUGGCUUCCAGUGAAAUUGUAACCGAAGUUCUCAAUACUUUGAAUACAGAGGAGGAACCUCCGAGCCCGCCCACUCCUAUUGGAUCGGAGAGCUGGCAGUGUGGAGGCUCCGCGUCUGUCGUUGUUGUUGUAGAGAAUAUGUUACAAAAAGGAGUUUCGCUCCAAAACAUUUUGAGAACAGUUUGUCCGGGUUUACAAGAACCUGUGGAAGGCUGGUCUGACGAUACGGUUGCCAAUAUUUUAUCUGAUAUAUUAGAUCAACCUCCCAGAAGAACAAAGCUACCUCAAUACAAUACGAUGAAUGACGCCAUCGAGUUGUUCAGAACAAAAAAACGUAUCCUCGUCCUCACAGGUGCUGGAGUCUCCGUUUCUUGUGGAAUCCCUGACUUCAGAAGUAAAAAUGGUAUAUAUGCAAGGUUACAUAUCGAUUUUCCUGACCUACCUGAUCCAACUGCCAUGUUCGAUAUCAGAUAUUUCCGUUCUAAUCCUGCUCCUUUUUAUAAUUUCGCCACGGAAAUAUUCCCAGGACAGUUCAAACCGUCAAUUUCUCACCGGUUCAUCCACGAGUUGGAGAAAACAGACCAACUUUUAAGAAACUAUACACAAAAUAUUGAUACUCUCGAAGAUCAGACAGGAAUAACAAGAUUAAUUGAGUGUCAUGGCUCUUUCAAAAAUGCUACAUGUUUGGGAUGCAAUGCCAAAUUCAGAGGUGAAACCAUUAAAGAAGACGUCAUGGCUAAGAGAGUAGCUCGUUGUCCCCAAUGUAAGGAAGGGGUGAUUAAACCUGAUAUCGUUUUCUUCGGAGAAGAUUUAGCCCAAGAGUUCCAUCGUCAAAUGGCUAUCGACAAAGAUGAUGUUGAUCUACUGGUUGUCGUUGGAUCUUCUCUGAAAGUCAGACCCGUCUCUCUGAUUCCUUUCAGCUUGGCGUCUGAUGUUCCACAAAUCCUUAUCAACAGAGAGCCUUUAUCAGGAUAUACUGCUGAUAUCGAACUACUUGGAGACUGUGAUGAAAUUAUUAAAGAAAUAUGUUUAGCCCUGGGUGGACCCUUUGAGAAAAUGCUACGAAAUUAUUAUGAAGCUGAUUCACCUAGUGAAGGAGGCUUAGCCGAUAUGUCAAAUAUCUUGAUCAGGCGGACAUGUGUUCCUCAUACCAAUUUUUUAAAGCUGGCUGACACGAUCAAUGAGGAACGCAAAAACUCUAAGUGCCCUCCCAUCGAGGAAGGCGAAGAGCCUGUCGUCAAAAAACAGAAGUUAGGAAAUCUUUACGAGAGCCAUUUGAUUUCUGUGCAAGACGUGUUGCCAACAAAUUCAUAUUUCCAACUGUCUCCUAACAGAGCUGUAUUUCCGGGAGCGGAAUUGUUCUUUGACGUGGAGUACAAGUUGUUUUCUUUGCCAAGUCUGGUUACAAAACAUGAUCUUUCUGACGACACGGAUGAAGAAGACUCGGAUGAUGAAUAUAACCCUUAUGAAGGUUCGGGAAGAGGUGGGAGUGAACCACCAAGUGUAAAUGAUUUUGCUGUGAUCCCACUUAGCAGGCCAACAUCUUGUGAGCCAACAAUUGAUGUUGAGACCACUUUAAGCACCUUUGAGUUCAAAAAAGUUAUGGAAGAAAUCGGGGAUGAUUCUCUCCAAGCUUUGUAA